AUGAGCCCGACUCUCAACAAUAUCGUAUCUUCCCUGCAGAGAAGUGGAACAUUUAUGAAUUCUUUAAUUGCUGCUUCGACCAUUGGUGCGCAACAGCUUUUCUCCUCUUUCACCUUCAGUUGUCCCUGUCAGGUUGGGAAAAAUUUCUACUAUGGUUCUGCUUUUCUAGUCAUUCCAGCCUUGAUCCUUCUGGUUGCUGGCUAUGCUCUGAGAAGCCAGAUGUGGACCAUGACCAGUGAAUACUGCUGCAGCUGUGGCCCUCCUCAACGGAGAAUCAGCCCUCUGGAGCGCAAGCUGGCCUGUCUUCGGUUCUUCAGCAUCACCGGGAGGGCACUUGUUGCGCCAUUAACGUGGCUGGCCGUAACCCUGCUGACAGGCACCUACUAUGAAUGUGCGGCAAGUGAAUUUGCACCUGUGGACCAUUACUCUGUGUUUGACAAUGUCAGCGUCAACAAACGGAAGGAGAUCUUGGCUGGGUUUCCAUGCGGCAAAUCAGCUCCAUCUGACAUGAUCCUGAUAAGAGAUGAAGUAGCUCUUCGGCACAGAUACCAGUCACAAAUGCUGGGCUGGAUUCUGAUCACCCUGGCAACCAUCGCUGCCCUAGUCUCCCGCUGCUUGGCGAGGUGCUGCUCUCCCCUCACAUCUCUGCAGCACUGCUAUUGGACCAACCACCUCCACAAUGAGAAGGAGCUCUUUGAACAAGCCGCCGAGCAACAUUCACGACUCCUCAUCAUGCAGCGCAUAAAGAAACUCUUCGGCUUCAUUCCUGGAAAGGAAGAUGUCAGACACAUCCGUAUUCCUUCGUGUCAGGACUGGAGAGAUAUUUCAGCACCCAGUCUUCUCUGCAUGGGUGAGGACUUGCAAGGUCACUACAGCUUCCUUAGAGAUAGGGUGGAUGAGGAUAAUGAGGAAAGCAAAUCGGAAGGGAUUGAAUUAAAACCUUGAUUAUAGCACCUCAGGUUGCUCUAACAUAUUCAGGUUGCUUAACAGAUAGAUACUUCACUCUCGUGAUGAUGGAGUUUCAGUGUAAUCCCUUCAUCUUUUCUGUCUCUUCCGAUAUUUGUUUAAAUAAGUCCAUUCAAGAUGCUUCUUCCGAAAGCAGUUUAUCUGAUCAUUGUGCCAAUCUCUGUUUUUGAAAUCUCUUUGGUGGUCUGGUGAUGUCUGUAUUGGUUUAAUUAAAACAAUAUGGAUUUUGAAGUCAUAUUAGAAUGGGAAUCUUGGUUCUGUUACUUGGUUAGCUGUGGGAAAACUAAUAUUUUGAAUGCCAUUUUGUUAUCUGCACAUAAUAACUACUUCAUAGAGCUGUGGUGAGGAUUAAAGGUGAUAAUAUAAGCAAAGUGCUCAGCACAGUGCCUUUCCUAAAAUAAGUGCCAACACACAUUACUUUCUCCCUUUCUCUUUGUGUUCCAUGUCUCCUAUCAUUAUUCCCCCAUCUCUAAUUUCUAGUU